AUGGGAUCAUUUCGUCCAGGAUAUCCCUCAAGUGAUGAACGGGUUUACAUGAUGAUGGUGGAGGAAGUUUUUAGCUCGGUUCCUGACCUCCACGCUUUUACUCAUGUCUUCACCUGUGCAGGGGCUGGCAGCAUUGCCGCUGCCAUCUUCAUGGGGUUCAUGUCUCGAUACAAUGUCAAUAUCAAUGCCAAUCCUCGAUCUAUUGGUAUCGAGCUAACUGAAGCAGACUGUAUCUACCAAAGCUCUGUGAAGGGAUCUCUCACACCGUCCAUCGGAACUCUGAGAACGGUGAUGGCCGGACUUUCCUACCGAGAACCAUCACCAACAGCAUUUGAGAUUCUUGAAUGGCUUGCUAGUGAUUUUUUAGUUGCACUAGACAGCAUUGCCGUCAAGGGUAUGAAGGCAUUAGCAGAAGGCCAUGGAGGUGUUCCCAUCGUCGGAGAGUCGUCUGAUGCGAAUAUGGGUCUUUUAAUCGAGGCUGCUGAGGAUCAUAAUCUUUGA